AUGGAUGAAGGUGGUCCGAAUCAGACGAAUGACAAUGCGGUGGAGACAAAUGAUGAUGAUGAAGCAGCAGAGGAAACUGAAUUUCGGAAAAAGUUAAGAGACGCUGAAACGCCAUUGGACUCGGAUUGUAUCAAACACACAAAGGUUUCAGCAAUCAUGGGACUUUAUAGAUUCAAGGACAUGCUACCUGAAGACAAUGUUCUUCCGAUGAGUAUGGAUGCAAUCAAGAAAUUUUUGAAGAUAUUUGGUUUCGGCUACGACAAUAUUCAUGCUUGCAAGAAUGAUUGCAUACUCUAUAGGAAGGAGUUUGAGAAGCUAGAAAGCUGUCCAAGAUGCAAAGUUUCGAGAUGGGAGAAGGAUAAGAACAGCAAUGAGUUAAAGGUUGGGAUUCCAGCUAAGGUCCUUAGAUAUUUUCCAAUCAAGGACAGACUUAGGAGGAUGUUUAGAUCAAAAAGGAUGGCUGAAGAUCUGCGUUGGCACUAUACCAAUGCCAUUAAAGAUGGUACAAUGCAACACCCCGUUGAUUCUAUCUCUUGCGCACAAGUGAAUGAUAAAUGGCCAGACUUUACUGCUGAACCAAGGAAUCUUCGACUUGGAAUUUCUACAGAUGGGAUGAACCCUUUCUCCAUGCAAAACACCAAUCACAGCACAUGGCCAGUGUUGUUAGUGAACUACAACACGCCUCCAACUAUGUGUAUGAAGGCUGAGAAUAUAAUGUUGACUUUGUUGAUCCCUGGUCCAACAGCUCCUGGUAAUAACAUAGAUGUUUACUUAGCACCAUUGAUAGACGAUUUGAAAGAUUUUUGGGCUGAGGGUAUUGAAGUCUAUGACUCAUUUGCGAAGGAGAAUUUCACACUUAGAGCCUUGCUGCUUUGGAGUAUCAGUGACUAUCCAGGCUUAGGAACAUUGUCUGGAUGCAAAGUGAAGGGGAAACAAGCCUGCAAUGUAUGUGGAAAGGAUACACCUUCUAGGUGGCUUAAGUUCAGCCGUAAGUUUGUCUAUAUGGGAAAUAGAAGGAGACUACCGCCUGGCCAUCGUUACAGAUAUAAAAAAGCUUGGUUUGACAACACUGUUGAGGAAGGGAAUGCCAAUAGGAUACAAACUGGGGCUGAAAUAUAUGAUACACUACAAACUUUUAGGAAUGAUUUUGGAAGACCUCUAGAUAAGAAAAGUAAAAGAAAAAGAUCAGAGUUGGAAGAUGAUGAGAUGGUUCAAGAAGAAGAGUGUGAGGAAUCAAAUGAUCUCUGGCGGUGGACGAAGAGAUCAAUAUUCUUUGAACUACCUUACUGGAAGGAUAUGCCGGUUCGUCACAAUAUUGACGUUAUGCACGUUGAAAAGAAUGUGUCGGAUGCUAUAUUGUCUAUCUUGAAGCAAAGUUCAAAGUCAAAAGAUGGUUUGAAGGCAAGAAAAGACUUAGAAGAUAUUGGAAUCAGAGGUCACUUGCACACAGAGAUUAGGGGUUCGAAAACAUACUUACCUCCAGCAGCGUAUUGGUUAUCCAAGAAAGAGAAAACCAUUUUCUUGCAAAGGUUAUCUAAGUUUAGAGGUCCUGAUGGUUAUUGUGGUAAUAUUGUGAAUAGUGUUUCAGUUAACCCUCCAAAUAUAGGUAGUUUAAAGUCGCAUGAUCAUCACGUGCUAGUACAGAACUUGUUACCAGCUGCAUUAAGAGGGUUGUUACAUAGGGGUCCUAGGAUUUCCAUUAACAAAUUAUGCAGUUACUUCAACAGGUUGUGUCAACGCAUCAUUGACCCGGAGAAACUUAUAUCAAUGGAGACAGAGUUCAUGGAAACAAUGUGUCAGCUGGAGCGCUUCUUCCCUCCAUCCCUUUUUGAUAUCCUGUUCCACCUUCCAAUACAUCUAUCAAAAGAGGCACGCUUGGGAGGACCAGUUCACUUCCGCUGGAUGUAUCCAUUUGAAAGGUACAUGAAAACACUAAAGGCAUUUGUUAAGAAUUAUGCAAGGCCAGAAGCAUGUAUGGCUGAGGGGUAUUUAGCUGGAGAAUGCGUUGCAUUUUGUUUAGAGUUCCUUAAAGAUUCAGUACCAGUUCAAGAAGCAGUUAAUCGUAAUGAAGAUAUCGAGGUUGAUAAAGUCGUGGUUGAAGGUCGACCUCUGCAGAAGGGAGUAGAGGUUACCCUUUCAGAUAAAGAUACAUACAUUGCUCAUCACUAUGUGCUAAUGAACAUGACACUAUGGAUCUAUUUGUUGAGUAAAAGGAUGCAUUUGGAAGAAUUACAGGCUAAUGAUGCUCGAUGUACAUUCAGACUCAACAAAUAUAGUCAUUCGAAUGAGAUAAGGUGGUUGGCAUUUGGACCAAGAAAUGUUGCUUUAGCACAUAAAGGAUUUAUCAUCAAGGGCCAGCGGUUUCAUUCGGAUGCAGUUAAGCGGAAGACUCAAAACAGUGAAGUAACUUAUGAAGCAUUUAGCAUGUGUAGAUCAAGUGCUCGAGAUAUGAGACAAGUUGCUGACAUGCUUACAUAUUAUGGAGUGAUAAAGGAGAUUUUACUUUUGGACUAUCACAUGUUCAAAGUACUGUUGUUUAGAUGCAAUUGGGCGGACACAGGGCAUGGUGUGAAGGAAGAAGAUGGCUUCACUCUUGUUAAGAACCAAGCAUCUUAUCUGAAAGAUCCGGAAGAUGAUAAUUCUAAUUGGUAUGUUUUUAUGAGAGCACCACCUAGAGGCUAUCAUGAGUUGGAAACAGAAGAGGAUUUAGGUGCUGCACCUUUGCCUGUCCAAGAAGUCGAUGAUCUGGGUGGUGAAGCUUCUGAUGAUGAUAGUGUUUAUGUUAGGGAUGAUAGUGAAGGAUUGUUAGUGUUAGAUUGA